AUGUGUGGUGGAGCGUCCCUCGCGGACGUCAAGGUUCCCACGGUGACGUGGAAAGUGACGAAGGCGGCUCUAUGUCCCAAGAAGAAGAAGCCCCGGCAUGGCAGCAACGGGGGCCGAUGCUUCACAGGGCUUGGUGGGUGCAUGGGACCCGACGUGGACGACAACGAGGAGGAUUUCGAGGCCGAACUCGAAGUGUUCGAGGUCGACUUCGGGGACUCCGACGUGGAGCUCGGGCGCACUAGGGUGGAUGAGAAGGAUGACGACAACGAGGUCGUCGAGAUCAAGUCCUUUGCCGCCGCCAAGAGUUCCCUCUCCCAAGUGAUUGGUUGUUGUACCAGGAGAUUGUGUGAUUGGUUCGGAAAAGAUGACUUAAGCACCAUGACUACUGCAGGUUUUGAUGGUCCUUCAGCAAAAAGGAAGAGAAAGAGUCAAUUUAGGGGUAUUCGUCAGCGCCCCUGGGGUAAGUGGGCUGCUGAAAUCAGAGAUCCAAGCAAGGGUGCACGUGUCUGGCUUGGUACUUUCAACAGUGCUGAAGAAGCUGCAAGAGCUUACGAUGUUGAAGCACGCAGGAUCCGUGGCAACAAGGCCAAGGUUAACUUUCCAAAGGAACCAAUAGUUCCACAGAAGCGUCGUGCUCGCCCUGGUGCUCCUAAAGCACCAAAGCUAAGCGUGGCAUCGGAACCUUCUGUCAUGCCAUCAGUCAACAACCUUUCCAACCCAAAUGCUUUCAUCUACCCAUCUGCUAACUUUGCAUCAAACCAGCCACUUGCUCUACCUGACAACCUGUCAUUUUUUCCUAUAAUGAACUCUGAUGGCCCUGUUGAAGCCUCUGUUAUGAAUCAGUACUCUGACCAGGGAAUCAACUCCUUUAGCUUCUCUGACUUGGAGUGGGAUUACAACACCAAGAAUCUAGAUAUACCAUCCAUUGCUCCAAUUUCUACCAUUACUGAAGGAGCAGAAUAUGCACUUGCCCAGAGUAACGCCUAUAACUCAGUUGUGAUUCCUGAAGGAGCUGAAUCUGCACUUGCCCAGAGUAACACCUACAACUUAGUGGUGCCUCAUGUUAUGGAGAACAAUGGUGUCGAUUUCAAUGCUUGGCCAAGGUUUCUUAUGGAUGAUGAAGUGGACGAGCCGAUUGAUAGCCUUCUGAAUUUUGAUGUACCUCAGGAUGUCGUUGUCAACAUGGACCUCUGGAGCUUCGAUGGCAUGCCCAUGUGUGGCGAAUUUUUAUAA